CAUGGAAUUUAGUGACAAAGACCGCUAUCUGGAAAAUAUUGAAUAGACCAAAUGAUUUUGAGUUAGGCAAUGAAAAUAGAUAUCGGUAUGAUUCGGAAUAUGGAACAAAUACUGAAAAGUGUGAAGUUGUUCAUACUUACAUUUUUAGCCAACAGCGAUUGAAAUGAAUUCUGAACAAAAUGCCCAAAAAAAUACAAAAGAAAAAACGGUGUCAAAGUCACCCAUUUCCUUUAACUACUUUUGAAAGGAAGGAUCUAAACUCGUGGACUUUUUACACUGCUGACAUACAUCAACUUACUGUGGUUGUGAAGGACAAGGAUGAAGCAGAUGCAAUGCAUGAAAUGGGUUCAUUUGGUACAUGGGCCGAUGAUGAUACAAUGAAUAUAGAGGGGGCUUCGGCAAAGGACACUACUACCAAAAAAUUUAUCAUGACAUAUGAAGAAGCAUUUUUCCUGUCAUUCGCACUCGGCUGUCUAUUCAUUAGUUAUGAAUCAAAAGAAAUUGAUAUAUCAGAGCAGUGGAAUUUGUUUUGCUCCAAGAAGAAAAGAUUUCCUGUUACUUAUGCAGUUUAUCAUCAUUUUCGAACAAAAGGUUGGGUUCCAAAAGAAGGAUUGAAAUUCGGGACCGAUUACAUUCUAUAUAAACAUGGACCAUCAUAUACUCAUGCUGCUUAUGCUGUUAUCAUUCAGGAAGUAAAUGAUGAUUUAACGAAUUCUGACCGGUCAAGCAGACAUUUAACAUGGACUUCCAUGGCUGGACUGGGAAGACUUGUUUCAUCAGUAUCAAAAAGUUUACUCAUAUGUUCAAUCACAUCAACAAAUAUUGACACAAGUUCACCAAACUGCUUGAAACAAAUGAACAUAUAUGAAACAGUUUUCUCUCGAUGGAUGUCAUCCAAGGAACAAGAAGAUGAGUUGGAUGUUGACACAGUGUUUUGAGUUGAUUAUGUCACUUCUAUGUAUUAGCCUCAGCUGCUUCUUUUUCUACCUCUUCCGCUUUCUUCAUUUCAUCUAGAAAGAUGAUGAUCCGCUU